UAUUCAUUCCGUUGCCUUAUUUUCUUUGUUAAAAUAGGAAAGGCAGCAUGCAGAGGACCACUGGUGACAACCAAGACAUUUAGUUCAAUACAUCAGUGGAAUUGUUCACAAUUAGCUAGCAAUGCCGUGUAAGUUACCUGCAAGAGACACCUGAACAAUCCUGGCAAAUCUAAGGUAAAAGUCAAGUCUUUCUACUGCAGAAGUCUCUUAGGUUCUCGGCUGCAGGACAUUAACUUGCAGAUCAGAGCAGCCGAGUGAAAAUCAUGCCCCAUGACUAAUGUGCACACUAUAAAAUUGUAAAACACGAGAUUCUAACUAAAAAUGUAAUCAGAGAUUGCAAGGUGCAGCCAGCUGCAGACUGAAUGAAGUGCCCAAGCCGAGAUUUCACAGAUUACUUUAAUUCCAGUCUUUGCUGCCCCGGGGUACUGUGGCACGGUAUUGCAGAUGUCCGUGAGUGAGAAAGGAGAGAUGCGCUCCCUAAACAUCACUCCAGACGCACUGAACCAGCUGCUGCAGUCCUUUAACCUCUCCCGCCAAGAAUUCAUCGAGACUUACAAGUUGCAGCCCUUGGUCUACAUCCCCAAACUACCCAGUGCGGCCAAAAUCGCGUUCGUGGUGAUGUACGUUAUUAUUUUCAUCCUGGCACUGGUAGGUAAUAGCUUGGUGAUCUACACUGUAGUGAGGAAGAGGACAGCUAGGACGGCCACCAACAUCUUCAUCUGCUCCUUGGCUGUCAGCGACCUUCUCAUCACGUUUUUCUGCAUCCCUUUUACUUUGCUCCAGAACAUAUCUUCUGAGUGGCUGGGGGGUGCAAUUGUAUGCAAAAUGGUUCCAUUUGUGCAGAGUACAGCCAUUGUGACUGGCAUCCUUACUAUGACCUGCAUCGCACUAGAGAGGUUUCAAGGUAUUGUCUACCCUUUAAAAAUGAAGAGGCAAUAUGCUACCAAAAGAGCCUUCAAAAUGCUUGGUGUUGUCUGGGCCACAGCUAUACUUGUGGGGACACCCAUGCUUUACGUUCAGCAACUGGAGGUAAAAUAUGAUUUUCUGUAUGAUCACCAUCAUGUGAGCUGCUUGGAACGCUGGCAAUCCUCUACCCAUCGACAAAUCUAUACCACAUUUAUUCUGGUUGCUCUGUUCCUCUUACCUCUCACAGCUAUGCUGAUUUUGUACACCAGGAUUGGUUAUGAGCUAUGGAUCCGAAAACGUGUUGGGGAUUCAUCAGUACUUACUGCCAUGAACCAGAGUGAAAUUGUUAAGAUAACAAGGAAGAAGAAGCGUGCUCUUAUGAUGAUGGUGAUGGUGCUUUUCCUCUUCACAAUGUGCUGGGCUCCGUUCCAUACAGUGCACAUGUUGUACGAGUACAAUGACCUUGAAAAUCAGUAUGAUGAUGUCACAGUGAAUAUGAUCAUUGCUGUGGUUCAGGCUGUUGGGUUCUUCAAUUCUUUCAAUAAUCCUGUGGUCUAUGCCUUCAUGAAUGAAAACUUCAAGAAGAACUGCAUGUCUGCCCUCUCCUAUUGCAUGGUGGGACAGCCCCAUAGGGUGGCACAGACAGCUAUGACCUCAAAGUCUCACUCUACCAAACAGCUUUCUAGACUGCAAAGGCAAGAAGCCCUCCUCCAUGCAAAGCAACACAAUCAGAUUGAAGAACUCAGACUGUCUGACAGGGAAGUUUCAAUAGCUUUCGAUAAAGGGCACUCCUCGAGUUUUUUAACAGAAAGGGACUGAAUACUGCAGCCUGACAUUAUAUUGUGCUUAAUUCUGUUAAGAAAGGGGUCCCCACCAUCUUGCAUGACUGCUCUCCUUUUAUUCCAUGAGGACUGCUGACUUAGAAUUAUAUUUAGCUCCUGGAACAUGGAUUCAAUUUUUUAUGUCAAAUGGCAGUCUGUAAAACACGAACAUUUCAUGGAUAUGUUUGACAUAGUAAGAUCAUGCAAUUAACUGGAGAAAGCCAUUUUCAGCUAUUUUAAUUUCUUACCUAUUUGUGUUCAGAGCAACAACAAAUGUAAUACAGUUACAACAUCAAAAUUGCAUUGUUGAAGGUCAUAGUCAUAUAGAAGACUCUUUAUACCAGCAUCACAUUGUAAGAUUUUUUUGCAAAACGUUUGCUGUACUAAACAUUGUAAAUAAUCUGUGUUUCUUCUUAGAAGACAAUGAAAACGGCAUUGCAAAGCCUGAGAGUUACCAUCUCAGUGGAAAGUUAUGAUUCAUCAUUUCACCAGCUUGUCUAAGGUGUAGGACUUAUAAGCUGUGCUGUUUAUGUAUUUUAUAGAUGUGUGCGCGUGCGCAUGCAUGUGUGUGUGUGUGUGUGUGUGCGUGUGCGUGUGUGUGUGUGUGCACGCAUGUUUAUUUUUUUUACUUAACUUAUUGCAAACAGAUUAUAAUAUGAUUGGCUAGUUUGACAUCAUUUUUCUUCACAAUGUAGCAUGGGACUUCUACCUUAUUUUAACUUAAAUUGUUAUUCACUUGCUCAGUGGAUUGUGAUUUAAACAAAGUCAUUGUGUUUGAUUUAUCCUAAUUUUUAAGAACUCUCACAAAGUCAUUUUUAUAACAUCAGUGCCUAAUUUUUUUCUGAGUAUGUAAACAGCAUUAUGCACAUCACAAUUUGCAACGUUACCAUUUUCAAAGGACAUUUUUCAUGCAGUACAACCACUUUAGAACCAGUGUUGUGGAGUAUUUGUGAGUCCUGAAGUCUGCUUUUAUCGUAUUUUAGCCAAUAAAUUUCCAAAUGAUGAUUCUGGUUUGAAAAUGAGCACUGUAUCUGGCUUCCACAUUGGCUAGUCUCAUCUUCUUUUUAUUAUUUUAUUUUUAUUGACCAAGUACAACCCACAAGGCACACAUCUUUAUUUCAGUCUGAUUCAGGGGCAUAGGUUUGUUUAAAAUAGGGGUGUCCAACCUCUUUGGCUUAGGAGCCAAACAGUUCAAAGGGCACUUACUAUACUUUGCAAGGCUCAGGGGCCAUAUUACUAUGCUCAACAUGUAUCUGUCUGUUCAAAACAGUGUGCUGUAGGAUAUACCGAGGGCCAGAUAAAAUGAUUGGGUGAGUCAGAUUGUGGCCUGAGGGCCACCUGUUGGACACCCCUGAUUUAAAUGAUAGUAGAAGUGUUUACAAAUUUAACCAGUGAAUAUGUUUCCAGGUAGUUUGCAUAAAUUAAGCAUAUAGUUAUGAUGGCCUAGCAAAGCCAGGGAAGUGAGGCUUCUUAAAAAGAGAAUUGCCCUUAAUUUCCGAUUCAUAGCUAAUAGCCAGUAGAAAAUGUGAAAGAAAAGAUAUUCCAAUUUUAUAUAUUUACUUUAUAGAAGAGCAAAUACGGUAUAAAUUGAAGAGAGAUGCUAAGAGUGGGAGUCUGAAAGGAAAAGAGAGAAAGGCCAACAAAUGGGAAGAUGUUGGAUGUGGAAGCGAAAGUAGCCUGGACAGAAAUGAAUGGCUUAACUAGAGGACAGUGGAUACUGGAUACAUAAAUAUAUUCUAUUUUGUGGCAAUAUCUACAGAAUAACAACUGUAACAGAUGACAUAACAGAAUGGAACAGGUUUUAAAUUUAGUUCACAGCUUGGACUUGCACUUUAUCUUCCUGAUACUAACAUUAUCAUAAAAGUUUACAGCCUUCACAUGCUUUAUAAAACUGCUUAAUGCUUUACUGUCUACCAUUGUUCCAGCGCUGCUCCCCAUAGCCUGUUCCAUUAUCAUAAUCCCAAAUAUGUGACCAGAUAGACAGCCCCACAACAUCACUGUCAUUGCUGCUGCCACUGUCACACAGACCACAAAUACCCCCAUUGCUACAGCUGGCUUUUUCCCCCUAGAGGUCAUAAUCAAGUCAUGCCAGAAGCAUGCGUUUGCCCCAUUCCUAACCUUUACAGAGUCCUGGCCACCCAGUGUUAACUUAUAAUGUAUGCACUUCAUCCACUUUACCCAGAAAACCCUUCUACACAUAUGUUCAAAUCAUGAGUUAUAUGGCACAGUUCCAAGACCAGUACUUGAAGGAAGUCUGUUAAUAGGCUUGGUCAUCACUAAUCCCCCCCCCCACACACUACUUACCAUGCACCCCUUCAAGAUUUUGUCAUGUUUACUUUUAACCUUGCUAGACUGAUAGGGUAUGUUGGGGAGGGGGGAUGAUGUUAUCUAUACCUUGAGAAACUGCAAUGUAGAGAAGUUCCCUUGCCUACAAACAAUGAUCACCUUAAUGCCCCCACACACACACACACACAUUCUAAACCAUUACUUAUCUCUUUCGGUCUUGCCUAGCCUAUUCCUUUUGAGAUGACAUUUGACAUUCACUACUUCCCCUUGUAAGCACAAGUGGCAGACAUCCUGUCACACAACUAAGCUUUACCUCAUUUAGUGGCAUGCUACUCUUAACUAACAAAUGAUUAUGAUUGGGUUUCCACUCAUGAUUAUAAACUGGUUUCUGAUCAUAACGAACUUAUAUGUUCAAGUCAUGGAUGUCAGGAGACUCACCUCAGGAGCAGAGCAAAAUGAAGAUCAAAAGGCGUAGCUCAACACCCAUGUCAAGAGGAUAUAACAAGAGUUAUGACCAGAGAAACUCAAACAUAAUUCUUUGUAAUGCAUAGAGCUUUAUCUCCUCCAUGUGCUGCCACUUAAAAAGUGUAUGAAUGCUAAGGGUUUUACAACUUUGAAUAAUAUAAAAUGUUCAGUACUUCCAGAAAGACAGUGGGCAGAAGUGUGGUGUUCCUUGAGAAACUAACAGGUUCAAAAUAAUUUUGUUUAAAAGUGGGUCAGAAUGAAGUCUUUGACAGCUUUUAGAGCUGUUUAGUUUCUGUUGCUUUUCUCUGGUGGCUGGCUAAGCCACUGUUAGUCUUAAGACUACAGCUUAAUAGUGUUUAGAGGUACUUUUCUGACUUCAGAAAAGGAUAUACAAGCCUCUCUUUUUCCCACUUUUAAGCCUAAUCAUGGGGGUCCAUGUACUGCAUUGCAAUUUGCCACAUGCAGGGAAACUGAUUUUCCAUUUUCAGGUUAAAAAUAUAGACUAAGCACUGGAAGAUCAUGAAAUGUUAUGGAAUUUGGAAUUUUAUGUCACAACACUCAUUUACCAUAACUUCUAUAGCUCUUUGUAACUACUACUUGAAAAACUGCCAUCUUCAUUUGGUAAGUGAAGCAUUUCUGCUAAGUGAAUGCUGAGCCAACACUUAAGUAAAAAGAAAAUAUUUUGUUCGUUUUUAGCGAUGUCUGAAGAAGUGUUGGUGACAACAUGAAAGAGCUUACGUCAUAUUAAUAAAGCUUUUAGAAAAUGUU